UUUUUUUUUUUUUUUUUUUACGUCGCGGCCUAUUGCGCCGGUAGGCUUCUUCCCGGUGGGGCCUGAUGGUCGGCCCAGCCCGUUCUGGCGCAGGCGAGUGUUUAUAGUGGCGCCAUCUUGCAUUGGCUCAUGCUGCCCUCCCGGAGCUCAUCUUUAAUCUAGAAUCCGGGUUGAUAGGUGGUCUUCUGGAUAGCAUGUGGGUAGUUUUAAGCCACUCGGCGGCGGCUGAAAAAUCCCAGCUUGGUGGCACCGGGCGGGGAUUGAACUCGCGUCGUCCUGAACGCGGCGCCGUCACGCUAUCCAUUCAGCCACCGCGUCUGAGAAUACGAAUCCAGCAGGUAGAAAGGUACAGACUAAUGACACUGUGCACGUCCUCCAACCCGCAGCUCAGGGCCUUGAUGUUGAAGCUGUGGGCGUGUCGUGUGUGGGGCCGCGGGUGGUGGCUGGCGUGGGCGGCGGGCGUGGCGUGGUGGGUGUUUGUGGCUGCGCCGACCAUCCUACCCUCACUCUACUGCAGGCUUGACUGCAGCUCCCUCAAGGCCUGGUUGGACCCCCCGUCGCCCAUCAGUCCACUCUUCCUCUAUCACCUUCGCCAGUCGGUGGUGCUCCCUCCCCAGCGGCGGCCGCCUCACCCCCUCACGUCCACAGACCUCAACCACCCGCCCUGGCUGGACUUCGGCCCGUGGCGCUACGUGGAGUCCAUCCUUCGCUUACUCUUUCAGGACAAGAGUGAUGGUGUGUUCGUGGAGGCCGGCGCGGGGACGGGCGUGUUCAGGUCUCACACAAUGUGGCUGGAGUGGCGGCAGGCGUGGAGAGGUCUGCUGGUGGAGCCCCGCCCGGAGGCAUUCGCUCAGCUGAGGCGUCGCAGGAAAGCCGCCGCGGCCCUGGCGUGUGUGUCUGACGAAGGAUACCACAAAAAGGGUCAGCUGUGGUCCCCGGCAGGCACUGAUGAUCUCCCCCCGCUGUACCGCGACACUGCCCUGGCACGCUCCACCCUCGCCAAGUACGUCAUCGAGGAGGACCGGGCCAGCGGAAGGUCCUCGGCGGUGCAGUGCUACACCCUCAACGCCCUGGUGAGCGCCGCCCUGGGCCGCAGGACGCGGAGCGUCGACCUGCUGUUGCUGGACACCGCCGGGGGGGAGUACCGCAUCCUGGCCACGCUGGAGGGACUGAACGUGGCGGUGUUGGUGGUGCGGCAUCACGACGAGGCCGACAAAGUUUUCAUCAGCGGCACCGCAGACUCGCUGGGCCUGAAGCACCUGCCCUCCGUGCUGCCCGGCUCUGGCUUCCUCUUCUUUAUGGACACCGCACACAAAGAGAGGAUGAAUGACCUCAACCUUACUAACUUUAACCCUUGAGGGACCCGAGUAAUAAGUAAAGAGUUUAGUUCUGAGAGACCAAGGUUAUAAUAGUCUACUUUUAAAAGACUGAAGCUUUUAGUAUCGAUUCUACUUUCAAGGGACCGAAUCGUUCAUUAUCAAGUAUAUUUUCAAGGGACCGAAUUACUAAGCAGUAAGUCUCCCAACAUUAGUAUCAGUGCCUUACGUGUCACUAUACAGGUAAUCUCGAAGCGCCCCAGUCCUAAACCCUUGAACCUCUUGAACCCUUGAAGAACUAGCAAGUUUUAUAUUGCCCCCGAUCUGCUGUCAAACCUCUCAUGUCACGACGGGAAUCUCUAAGCCUAGUUUUGACUUCAGAAAAAUUGAUGAUCAAAGAUUUCUUCCUUAGUAUCGUAAUCCCCUCCUCUUUCUCACAGUCUUCUACCUCUUAAAUUCCGCCGCCAUGUUGCCUCUCUAUCUAUCUUCUAUCGACAUUUUAGUGCUGGCUGCUCUUCUGAACUUACUAACUGCAUGCCUUUCCCCCUCCCGCGGCCCCGCUGCACUCGACUUUCUACUCUAGCUCAUCCCUGUACUGUCUAAACCCCUUAUGCAAGAGUUAACCAGCAUCUCCAUUCUUUCAUCCCCUUCACUGGUAAACUCUGGAACAGCCUUCCUUCGUCUGUAUUUCCUCCUGCCUAUAACAUGACCUCUUUCAAGAAGAAUGUAUCAAGACACCUCUCCACCCGAAAUUGAUCUCUCUUGUGGCCACUCUUUACUUUUUGCUUUGUGGGAGCAACGGUCAGCGGGCUUUAUUUCUACACUUUCUUUUUGUUGCCCUUGAGUUGUUUUCCUUUGUGUAAAAAAAAAAAAAAAUCCAGUGCCUCAACACCCACGUCUCUCACGUCAGUUUUACCAUCUUGACUCCCAAUGUUACCCCGACGAAAUUAAUGUUACCACUAGUACAGAUUUCACAUUUAGCCCUCUGAGCGGCACCUGCAAGAACAGGACGUCCAGGUAUCGCGCUCCACUACUUCAAGAUCCAUGUCCGUUGAGUCGCUUCAGGCCACCUCGGCCCCUAGUGUUCUCCUGGCGAGGUGAAUGACCCCUCUAGUACAGGUUUCACGUUCAACUCUUAGAAGACACAAAAACAGGGCGUCCAGAUAUCGCGUUCAAAUGCUUCAAUAUCCACGUCCCUCAAGUCGUUUCAGCCCCCAGUAUUAUCCUGGCGAGGUGAAUGACCCCUCCUAGUACAGGUUCCAUGUUCAACCUUCUGAGGGGGCACUUACAUAAAGAUGACGUCCAGGUAUAAAAGUUUUAUUAAUAGCAUCACAGGAUAAACUGGAUCACUGAUAUAUAUGUACACACACACGCACGCACCGGCCAGUCAGCCCCGCCCCCCAGUCACUCUCCCGCCGAGGGGGAGGGGUGGUGGUGGUGGUGGUGCUGCUGGCGGCGCCGUGCGUGACACCAUACAAAAAGUUAUCACCCUUAUUAUUCACCGUUACCAGGGGAAAACACCGAACUCACGUACUCACAUAGAAAACAUGUCUAUAUUAUUAUGAGGGGCAGCUCGCCAACUUGCACGCGACAUUUCAUUUAGUAACCACAGCAAGGGAAAACAAAUUACUCUGAAGAUUUGAGCCGAAGUAUAAGAAUAAACUUUUUUUAGAUUAUAAUUUUGGGGACCAGCAUCCAACGCUGAGAUAGCCUGAUCAUGUGUUAAGGAGAGAUGAGCCAAAUAGAAGAGCCUGGAGAGAAUCUAUUGGAGGGGGAAGAUAUAAAGGGAAACAGAGGGUACGGUGGAAAAAGUAGGAAAGUUUCGUUUAGUCGGCGCAACAUCUGUGGUCAUAUGCCGGAGAGAGACAGAAGGGGAAGGAAUUAUAGGAGAAGGGAACAGAUCCCAGGAGACAGGACACAACCUCCGAUUAAUUCUUGGUAUCCAUUCACUGCUGGGUGGACAGGGGCGUAGGGUAUCGGAAAAGCCGCCCAAAUUUUUCCACUCCGCCAGGGAAUCGAACCCGGGCUAUCUCGGUUGUGAGCCGAGUAUGCUAACCACUGCGCCACGAAGCCCCUCUCAGAGAAGAAGGAAGAUGCAAUAGACAGAAGUGAAUGGCUUUAUAAAGGGAGACAACGAAAGCUUGCCGUGAUUUUGCCAACACAUAAUUUUUACACUUCAGCUCAAUUUCCAAUGCAUUAUGUUUCUCCCUGAAGUUCGUUACCAAGUAGAAUGCCGAGGACAAUUUCGCAAACACACCUUAUUCUCGCCCUCCGACCAUUCUCUGAGGCUAAUAUUAUGAUGUACUACGGUAUGUAUGUAUAUAAUGAUGAUAAUAAUAAUGAUGAUAAUAAUAAUAACUGACGUUUUGUAUGACGAUUCACUAUUGUUUUUGUUGUUUUGUCGCUAUUUCAUCGCUACAUUGGCAGUGCAGUAUAAUCACGCCACACCGGGAGAGGCGAGGCGGGCGAGGCAAACAGAGAGACGGGGCCCUUAAUAAUUCGUCUCCGCCGCUCCCUCGAUCGGAUAAGAGAAGACAGGCAGGCAGGGAGGCAAGCAAGUAUAUGAUGCGUUCUUGGGGGAGGUUGGAAAGUUGGAAAGUUUCGUUUAGUCGGCGCAACAUCUGUGGUCAUAUGCCGGAGAGAGACAGAGUGGGAAGGUGAUAUGCAGGAAAACCGUAUUCGAGUUCCUUGACAGAGAGGUUGUUGUUGUUGUUGUUUACGAGAGAAGGGUAGAGAACGAAGUAUGAGAGAGAGAGAGAGAGAGAGAGAGAGAGAGAGAAUUAUUAGACUUUCAUAGGGUUACGACCGUCUGAGUGGAUGUCUGUGCUAAGAAGCUUGGUGGGGGUAAAGGAGGAAGAGGAGGAAGAGGAGGAGGACAGGAAGGGGAAUGCAGGGGAGGGGAGACGUAAUCUAGUCAACUGUACUACCACGUCAGUCCUGUAAAGUGUCUGUUAAUUGUCUGUUAUGAAGUGUCAGCAUUUACAACCCUUAUCUAUUUCCUCCCCACUAAAGGGGCUAUUACACUGGGCAGAUUCUCCGUGGAUCUUGUCAAACCACGAUUUCCGCUGGCGUGGUUCUCAUAUUUCCGCGGUUUUCUGACGUGUCCACGAUCUUCCAAAGCUACGGUAGAUUUCACUGAAGGACGACGGUAUUACUCACCAUCAUCAUCAGCAGCAAUAACCAGAAACAAAUGAGAACCACGCUAGCAGAUAUCGUGGUUUGACUGAAGAUCCACGGAAAAUUUGCCCAGUGUAAUAGCCCCUUUAGUGUCUUAACGUCCACAUAAACAAACAAAUCCACUUCACUAUUAAAAGCCAUAACGGUACAAAAAAAAAAAAAAUCAAAACUUCCCUCUCUUCUCAGCCUUUCCCUCUUAAGUUCCACACCGUUAAUAUAUACAAGAGUAAGUUUUUUUUUUAGGUUAGUCUAUGUGAUUAUAUUGCUUCACGCUUAUCGAAAAAAUACGUCUGUAAAGGUUUAAGGGCGCGGUCCAUUUUAGUUACGACACAGACCAGAUUUGAGACAUAAAACAAAAAUAAAAAGCCCGCAUCAUGAUCUUCCUGUACAGCAAAUAGGUAAUGAUGUAUAAAAAGAGUGUGAUAUUUAGGCCUGUUUUUGUCUACCUGCCUUUAUGUCUUAAUCCUUUCACUUGAGCCUGUUCCUGCGUCUUUGUCCAUCUCUUCGUCAGGUUGGGGAUGUCUGCUUGUGUGCCCUUAUUCCUGCCUUAACUCUUUCCCUUGAUCCCGUCCCUUCGUCUGUCUGUCCAUCUCAUCGUCAGCUUAGUCUAUAUACACCAAGUCAAGUCAUCCGCAGGUUUGUGGGAGGAGACACGGCCGAGGCGUAGUUUAUGUGUGACACUGCUUGGAGCCAAACUAGAGAAUGUAGAAACAGGGAUUUAGAGAAAACGAAGAAAGGCGGACUAAUUUAAAUCAAUCACAUCAUGCCCUCCCUCACACCCCACACCGCCGUUUGUGUCAUUGAAAUUACAGUCACGCAAUAGCACAAUAAAGACAUUUUUUUUCGUCAGUGGCUUGCCUGAACGCGCUGUGAAAGGAGGCGAGAAUGCACAUCCAGAGUGCACACACGGCCCCAACUUUAGUCACCCCUGAACUGGCGAGUAUUUUUUUUAGCUCCAAGUGACGUCAUCCCGCUGCUCCGCCCCAAAACCGCCACCUGUGCGUACCGUUCGCAGUUUUGAAGCAGAGUGACUUGACUUGGUAUAUAUAGACUUAGUUCGUCAGGUUAGGUUGGGUUAGGGACGUCUGCUAGCCGUCUGCCUGCCGAAGCCUUUUCCCUUGAUCCCGUUCCUGUGUGUCUGCCCAGUUUUCCGCCAGGGCACGUUAGGUUUGGUUAGGUUAGGGAUGUCUGCUGUCUGCCUGUCUACCUAUACCUCCUUGCCUGUCUGUACGAUACGCGCGUCUCUGUCCGCCACGCCCGCGCUCUGCUCUCCACUAAGUCUACGAUAUCACAUAAGGGGGUUGUUAACGUGUCACUGAGAGCAGGAGUCGUUCACAGUGUUCGGGAGACGACGACGACGAUGACGACAGAACCAUCCAGCGCGGGCCGUACGAGACGCUAAAUGUAUAGAGACGGGGAAGGAGGGAAGGAAAAAAGUAUUAACGUGUGGGGGCGACGGGGUGAGGGAGUUGAACGAUGAGAUACACACACACACACAUACACGUACACGACGCACACGCACACGCGCAUAUAUACAGGUGGUUUAGGCAUCCAUUUGACACACCGAACAGACACAAACACAAACACACACACACACGUAAAAUAAUUAUAAACAUGCGCAGAAAGAUACAUGACGUCCUUAUCUAGGUACUUUAAGAGGCCUUGUUUGUGGUGAUGUUUAGGGGGAGAUUGAAGAGCGAGAGGAGAGGGAGAGAUGAAGUUGGGGUAAUGCGGGCAAUUAAACUCUCAGGUAACUCCUUGAACGUUAAUUACCGUCUACAUCACCUUAAUGUUCGCUCGUGUGUGUCCGUAGCUGGCAAUAUUUCCUCGUAAACAAACGGUCACUACUCUCCCGGCCACGUCUACAUCAUGACUGCCGCAAAACAUCGACUUGGCAUCCUGUAACUGUCAUGACGAAGCUCCGAACCAUGAGUCGAAGGUUCAACGAGCGAAGGACAAAUCGAAACAGACGAAUUAAGUGAAUAUAACCCGGAAUUAUUUUUCCCACAAGGCCUUUUGCUUCGCUUUACACAGGAAGGCCAAAUCGAAUCAUAACAAACAAAAUUAAUAUAAACACUCGAUUCUUCUUCCUAUCAAGGCCAUUCGGCAUUAUAAUCACUAACACACAUUUUGCUUGCAAUACGAAAUUCAAAUCGAGCCUCACGAACAUUUCUAUCAGUCAUUCCCUUUACUUCCCCCUCAUGGCCCUCCAGCAAACAAUCUUCCAUCAUUCACUUUGCUUCUAAGUCUGGUAAUGUGAGAUUCCCAGCAUCCCGCGUGUCGCCGAACAGUGUAGGACCAAGGCGAGGAGAGGAGACAUCGAUACACACGUUUGACAAGGCUUUCGCAGGAGUUUUGAGCAUUUCCAUGGGUAGUUUUAUGACCCUGGUGGUAGUCUGACCAUGAACUUGAACAAACACUCAUGAGAAUGCGAAUAAACUCUUUCUCGGCCUUGGGAUAUAGUUGCUGCAAGAGGCGGAAGGGCCUGAGAACAUCGACCAUCAUCGACCCCCCCGUGCAGCGCCGUGUGGAGGGAAUGCACGUGGGCGGAGAGACGAGGGAGAAUCAAUAAUUGUAACCCGGGACGUCCAUCGACCACUGAGAGAGAGAGAGAACAUAAGAACAUAAGGAGUCUGCAAGAGACCGGUUGUCCUAUACAAGGCAGCUCCUGUACAAUCAACCCCACCUUACUUCACCAUCCAUGGCUUUAUCUAACCUCUUCUUGAAUGUAUCUAUGGUAUUGGCACCCACAACAUGGCCCCCAAGAGAGAGAGAGAGAGAGAGAGAGAGAGAAUGGCAGCAGGGCAAGAGAGGGAGGAGAAAGAGCAGGAGGCAGAAGGAGGGUGGGACGGAAACUAAAUUGGAGAAAUAAAAAAAAAAAAGCGAGGGAGGGAAAGGAAGAGGAUAGGAAGAAGACCAAGAGAGAGAGAGAGAGAGAGAGAGAGAGAGAGAGAGAGAGAGAGACGCCCGUGUCCUCCUCACUCGAGACAUUGAUCUGUUCUCAUUUUGGUCUUUAUGUUACGGGGAAUCAAUACAUCUUGAAACCUUUACGUCCUAAGCUUAACACAUGUCUUAUCUCUACUUCCAUAGCUUGCAUUUCCUUGUAUUACUUUGUUUACCGAAAUCAGUACGGGUUAAAAUUUUUGCUAUAUCUUAAUACAUAUCUUAACCCUGUAGCAGCGGGAAUCAUGUUUCUUAAUGGUCCCUCCAAGCGAGAAAAAUGAGAAAAAAAUCACCCCUCACACAAACCAUUUUAUAAUACAUAUCGAAGCAUUUGUGAUCAUAUGUAUUAUCUUUUGGGGGACAAGACGUUUAUGGCUUCCUACAAAAGGCUGGCGUUCUCAACCUUCUCUAGUUUUUAUUGGCCUUAUAUUGUUGUAUUUUUAUCAUGGUUUAAAUUUUAACUGGAUUUAUAUAAUUUUAUUAGUGUUGGUUUUAUCACGUUUUUAAUUUUAAGCUUAUAUAUUUUUAUAAGAUAAGUAAUUAGUAUUAGAUUCGGCGCCAAAUGACCCCGAAGUUGAGGCGCCAAGACAGACCGCCCUAAUAAUCAAUCAGUUUAUGCAUCAUCUAUUUUGGGGGGUUUAUAUCAUGGCACAAAUUUGGCCCGUCGCUGCUACCUGGUUAACCCCACUCCCAUGGCUUGUACUUCUUUGUAUUACUUUGUUCACCGGGAAGCGAUGCAUCUUGAAGCAUUUACGUCCUAAGCUUUAUAUUAAUCUCGACCGUCUCCAUAGCUUACACUUCCUCACUUAUGUGUAAGGGGAAUAAAUGAAUUUGAAACUUUUACGUCCUGAGCUUUAUAUAUAACUUCACUUCCCGUGUUAGUAAGUCCUUCUGUUACUGAUCUUUCUUAUCUUACUAUAAUAGCCAGAGAAUUUACCCUCGCCGCUGAACACACACACACACACACACACACACACACACUCAAAGAACUAACGCCGACGCUUGAGAGGCUCCUAAACAGAACUGAAAUAAGAGAUAUUCUUAAUGGUGUUUCGUAGCUUUGAACCCUUGAACGAAUCUCUCUCUCUCUCUCUCUCUCUCUCUCUCUCUCUCUCUCUCUCUCUCUCUCUCUCUCUCUCUCUCAACAGCUGCCAUCUGAUAACGGGAAGCAUUGAAUAAUAAAUGGUCGGUGUUUUUCUACAUUACAAUAAAAAAAUGUGCAUAGAACGAUAUUUUGAUGAUAUUUUCUCUCUCUCUUAUCUGUGAAUAUUUUAUGGUCACUGUUCUUAAACGCUUAGUACUUUUACAUCAUCCCUUUUCCUUGCUGCAAUAGUAAGGUAGAUUUGUCUCUUUUCUUUCCUCUAAGGUGAAGUCCUAACACCCGCCACCAUUACCUCAACGCACUCAACAUUUAUAUCAAAUGUUCGGGCUGACGGUAUCUCUCUCCUCAUCUUUCCUCAUAGACAUUUCCCGUGAAGUUAAUCCUAGAACACGAACGAAUCUUUUCGCUUGUAAUCCUUCUUUUUUGUUACAGCCAAAGUUGAAGGACAAAAAAGGAAACAAGAUGAAGAAAAAAUAAAGGAAAAAAAGAUAAAGAAAACCCCCCCGCAAAUCACAGCUUCCAGACAGAGGAGAAGAGCAGUAUCGAGGGAACGGUCAUUAAGGUUGUAUGUUGAACGUUUUCUGCUGUGGUUGUCCCCUUUUCAAGUACGUGUGUGACAGUCUAUUAAAAACUAUUAAAACAUUCGGUAAAACAUAAAACCCCUUAAAAACAUUCACUCUAAGUCUAUAAACACCACGUCAAGUCAUACGCAGGUUUGUGGGAGGAGACACGGCCGAGGCGUGGUUUAUGCGUGACACUGCUUGGAGCCAAACUAGAGAAUGUAGAAACGGGGAUUAAGAGAAAACGAAGAAAGGCGGACUAAUUUAAAUCAAUCACUUCAACAUGCCCUCCCUCACACCCCACACCGCCGUUUGUAGGCAAUGGAAUUAGUCGCGCAAUAGCACAAUAAAAAGACAUAUUUUUUCGUCAGUGGCUUGCCUGAACGCGCUGUGAAAGGAGGCGAGAAUGCACAUCCAUAGUGCACAUACGGCCCCAACUUUAGUCACCCCUGAACUGGCGGGUAAUAUUUAUAUAUAUAUAUAUAUUUUUUUAGCUCCAAGUGACGUCAUCCCGCUGCUCCGCCCCAAAACCGCCUCCUGCGCGUACCGGUCGCAGUUUUGAAGCAGGGUGACUUGACUUGGUAUAUAUAGACUUAGCAUUCACUAACCUUAUCCUGUUCCUCCAAGUUUAAAGUCUUAAGGAAAAGACAGAAAGAAUCAUACAUUAACAUUUCUCAUCACUGCCUGUUGGUUCGUAAAGACGUACCGUCGGCCUGCACCGUCACGUACUUUCCUUUACACAAACUUUUCAUUCCUAUUCGCCAAGCCAAAAUCUUUUAAUAAAUCUGCAAAAGGCUUUCAUAGAGCCUAAGGGGCUUACACACCCACAUUUAACCUGGUAGCUGCGGGGAUCAUGUUUCUUAAAGGCCCCUCUGAGCGAAUUAAUGAGAAAAAAUCAUCACUCACGCAAACCAUUUCAUAAUACAUAUCAAAGGAUUUGUGAUCGUUUAUGCAUCAUCUAUUUUUUUGGGGGGGGUUAUCAUGACAAAAAUUUGACCCGUCGCUGGUACAUGGUAAUGCCACAAAUUUGUCCCGUCGCUGCUACCGGGUUAAUAAGGCUUUCGUUGAGGUUUUGUUGGCAUUUCCAAGGGUAGUGUUAUGAGCCAAGUGAUAGUGUGACAAGGCUUCUGCAGCAUGGACGUGAAAAACACUUAUGGGAACCCGACUAAUCUCCUUUGUAGCCUUUGGAAAUAUGUGUUGUGAGGGCCGAAAGCUUGACAAUACGGUCCACAGUGUCGGCGGGGAGCGGUGACCAUAACACAAGCGGGGAACAUCUGACCUUUGCACGCGUCCCCCACACCAUCUCAACACUUCUUAGGACACGACACCCGACACAGGUUAUAAGGAUGGUACAGGUUGCCCGCAUUACACAGAUACAGUAACCAAGCUAGAAGGGGAGGUAUUCAGAGAGCCAAGCCGUGAGACCUCCCUAGGGAUUUGUGAUGUCUAUGGUGAUGGAAAAGCGUAUACAAGAAGGGUGAGAGGGUGGCGGAUAGUGACGGUGGGUGUGGUGUUGAGGUGAUGGAAGGUCGGUGGUGGUGGUGGUGAUGAUGAUGGACAGUGUGGAGGUGGAGGCGGUGAAGGUGGUAUUAGUGAUUGUAGAUGGUGGUGAUGGAAACGGUGGAGAUAACGAGUGGUUUUAGAAAUGACAAUGGUUAUGGUGGUGGAGGUGAUAACAAUGGUGGAUAUGGUGGUGAUGGGAAAGGAAUGAUGAUGCAGGUGGUGAUAUUAUGCACAUAAAAGUGGAAAUGGAGGUUGUGGUGGUGGUGAUGGUGGUGGAUAUGGUGAUGAUAGUGGUGGUGGUGGUGACAAUGGUGGUGAGGGGGCUGCUCUGAGGAGAUUCCCUGCGUGACUUGUGAAUUCGGAACACACACACACACACACACACACACACACACACACACACACGCACACCAGCCAACACUCGGCGUAAAAGACGUCUACGGUGAGGGUUUCGGUAUUCGAGAGAUGCAUUGAUUAUCUGUCACGGCCACGGUCACGGUCACGGUGUAUGCACAGGUAUUAUACAGUGGAUGCGGUAAGGCAAACAGGUAACAACAUCCUCGCGGGAGACGGUGAUGGCGGUGGAGUGAGGCUGCAACCUUCCCUCCACACGUCCGUCAUCCCCUGGCCACACCAAUAACACAAAGGGCCUGAUCAUCAUGGACCUCAAGCCGCCACACUCACCUCUCACACAGACACAAUAAUAAUAUCAAGAAUAAUAAUGGUAAUUGAUGAAUAAUUAAAUAACCGCACGAUAAUACAACCUUGUUCGUCCAGACACACGAUCGCCGUCACUUUCCUCGCAUUUCUCGUCAACGGGUCGAUUGCCGUGCUGGAGAACAACUGCUCGGUAGAUAACGAUGCCAGUCAGUCACCCAACCGGCCAGCCUGCCAGUCAGCCAUCCUCCCAGCAAUCAGUCAGCGAGCCAGAAAAACAGCCAGUCAGUCACCCAACCAGCCAGCCAGUCAUCCAGCCAGCCAGUGAAGGAGCCAUCUAUUCAGGCUGGUGUGUGGGUGACCGUCAUCUCCGUGGACGAGGUGAUGGCGGUGGUGAUGGUGGUGGUGGUGGUGGUGGAAGUGGCCGCUGGUCCCCGAAGCGUUGCCACCAGACAUUGGGUCACACGGAGCGUCAUGUCUAUUCAGGUUCCUUCAGACCCUCCACUGCAGCUCUGAAGCGGCAGCACACUGAGGGGAGGGGGAGGAGGAGUGCCUCGCCUCCUGGCCACGCCCCGCCCGUCCCUGGCUCUCUCCCGGCCACGAGGGCAUCGGCAGCUUCCCCAGGUGGCCUUUGAGAGAACACAGCCAAGGUGGCGAUAAUGACUGUGAUGAAAUUUGGAAGUCUGAGUCUUUCUGACGAAUAUUUUUGUACUGAACUUGCGUUGUUGUCAGAGAUACCCGGCUGUGGCUGUGCGAGGGAGGGAGGGAGACUGAGACAGACAAGGAGCAUUCCGUGGCCGCUUCGUCACCCCAGGUCGGCGUUAUCCCCCUUGGCUUGACACACACGAAUAUCACAGCAAAGGUCGGCCGAGACGCUGCCGGAGCGGGGCUGACAAACGAGUGCGGCCUUGAGCAGGUGGGGGGCCGGCCAGCAGCAGCAGCAGCAGCCGUGGUGGAGGCGUGUCUGUGGCCGCCGCCGCGUACAAACACUACAGGCUGAGUCUACCCACUACUAGGAUCAGUGUGUGUAUCGCAGAGGAGAUGAGCGUCGUGGAUAUUACUCUUUUCCUUUGUUGUUGUUUUGUGUAUCUCCAAACAACUGUUGAUGGUGAUGAUGAACAAGUGUGAUGCGCGUCUUACAAACAUAAGUGUGUGUGUGUGUGUGUGUGUGUGUGUGUGUGUGUGUGUGU